AUGGAGACAGUGCCCGAUAUGGAUGCUUUGCUAGAUGAACUUGAAGAGGCAGUGGUUGGGAACAGACGAAAGGAAUCGAAGAUUCCGGAAAAUAACGCCAACCAAGCCGUGGUAAUUGAGCUUCCCAUCCAUCUCCGAAAAUUGUCUGAGAAGAUCGUCAGAAUGGAGACAGUGCCCGAUAUGGAUGCUUUGCUAGAUGAACUUGAAGAGGCAGUGGUUGGGAACAGACGAAAGGAAUCGAAGAUUCCGGAAAAUAACGCCAACCAAGCCGUGGUAAUUGAGCUUCCCAUCCAUCUCCGAAAAUUGUCUGAGAAGGAAACUAUUAGGAUCGAGUUGAAGCCACCAGAUCCUGUACUAGCUUCGUUGGGUGAGCACUCAACAACAGAUUCUGUUGCGCUAGUUUCUGAUGGUGGAUUGAACGUCUCUGGCGUGUGCGAUCGAACACUUCCUACACCAAGUACACAUUUAGAAGACAGUCAGUCUCAUGGGAAAUCCGACAUUGACGAUGAAGUGCACGUCUGCGAUUCUGAUGGCGACACCGAAUUCGAGGAGGUUCUUCAAUAUUUGAAUCAGUUCGAGGAUAAAAGCUCCAAUGUUGUAGAUGACGAGGAUGCAAAUGCUGUUUCUAUUACCUCAGCUAACGUUCAAGAAAUGCAAGGGUGCUCUACUUCUGCUGGCGUUCCCAAGGAAGAGGAAACAAUUACGUGCAGCGAAAUUAAGGUGGAGUCCGCUCAAAAUGGCGGUUUGCGUAAAUCAUCUUUAGGGAUUGCAGAAAAAACGCAGGACUCAGAUGACGAGUAUCAGCGAAUAGCGGUUGGUGUUGUUGAAGCUGUUGUUGAUGCCAUUUUGGACGAAGUCGAAGCUAACAUUGAUGGAAUUUCUUCAAGAAACCAAAAAUCUGAAAUAUCGAAGACUGACUGGAACAGGAACAGUGAAGAUGUGGCGAAUUCUCUCGAAACCAUAGUGGUACGCGGGAACUGCUCUAGUGAUAAGCAAGCGGUCCAAGAUUCCUGCGUCGCUGAUGUUCAGGGGGAUGAAGGAGCUCCUUUGCAUGCAUCCUCAAAGGAAAGCGUUGCUUCUGGUAGUACAGAUAGCGCAUCAUUUGUAACCGUAAUACACAGACCAGCUACUGAAAGUAGUGAACAACAGACUCGAGCAUUAGAAGAAGAACAUACUCAAAAGGAUGAAGAUCAACCAUGCAAGAUAGGCAAAGUGACCGAAGAUAAAAUGCAACGAAUGCAUUUUAAAACUGCAUGCGCUCACACAAAUAUCCAAGCUGAAGCGCAAGAGAGGCAACAGAUUCCGGAAAACUUCAUGUCUCUUGAGCUGUCCCCAAAACAUGAUCAAGGACAAGUGAAGGACGACUUUCCUUCAGUGGAAUUGCCAAGAGGAGAAUCUCAUGAACACGAUGUCAUUGAAAGUGAUCCUUCCGCGCUCAUUAAUGCUGAUCAAGAAGAAAUCUCCACAGGCGAUAAACUCGUAGAGGAUAUAACUCAGAAAUCUGACCAUCUGAGCGACCAUACGCAAGAGGAGAGCAGUCUUGAAAAUGAUUCUUCGGAGGGAAUUCGCUCAGAAAGGGCUGGAUCGGAAGAAAGUACACAUGGGUUGGAAACAGCCAUUGAGUGCGAAGCCAAGGAAGAUGACUGUCCUUCCCCCAUCGGACCACGUGACCGCUUUGGAGCCCAGGUGAUCUCUACGAUUCAUGAUUUGUCGCAGGACACCGAUCCAACGAGGCUUACUGAGAGCGAGCUGCAGCUUGGAAAGUCAAAGCCCUAUUGGAUACCGGAUGACGACUGCUCAAUGUGUAUGUUGUGCAACUCGAGAUUUUCAUUACUCAAUCGUCGUCAUCACUGUCGCGCUUGUGGACGUGUCGCGUGCGGAUCAUGCUGCAAGGAGAAAGCUACGCUCGAAUAUAUGAAGGAUGAUCCGAAAAAGCAGGCUCAGGCUCGCGUAUGUACCCCAUGUGCAACGAUGCUGGCACGUAUUGAGGACUACGAGAAAAUGAUGAGGGAGCACGCCGAUGUAACCAUUUCGGAUGAAACCCCUGCAUCGACAUCGACGUCAGCUGGCAGCCGUGUAUCGCGUGGCGUGCUGAAAACGCGGACGACAAGUCUUGGUGAUUCUGAGGCCGAAACCUCUCAACCUUCGGACUCUUCUGAGAAAAAACGAUGUGUUGUUUUUCGAGAUGGGGUUAAACCUGGCGCUUCAUCACCGUCUGGGGAGGUGGAUCUUUCUACAGAAGAAAAGAGUAGUGCCGUGAAACCUAAGAAGAGAAGCAGGAAACGUCAUGCUGUUGCACGACGUGUGGCAGAAUUGCGGCUGGAAGAUGAGUUGGGCUGCGCUCUUCCGAACGGCACAAGGUCUCAGCUUCUGGUUGUAUGCCCAAAUGGUGAAAUGAAUACGGUUGAAGAAGAAUGGGUGAAUAAUCGGUUAAAAGAAGAGUUCCCAGUAACGGUGGUACUGAAGAAAAAUUUGUCCUGCGUGGUGAAGAUAUGUAAAGUGAACUCAAUGAGUGUUUUCUGCGUGCACUCCUGUGGCUUCGCUACAAUUGGCUUAGAUGAAGUACUUUUUGUUUGGAAGAGAGAGAACCCUAACGAUUUUUCUCUGCCCUUGAAUGUUUUGCACCGAAUAGCCCAGAUUUUCUCUACUUCCUGUGAUGCCGACCAGGCCGGCGUACGUCAGGUGUGCAGCCGUCUUCCUUCUAUUCAUUCAGUUCCAAUUGCAGUGCCUCCUUUAUCACGACAUAUUCUAUUUUUUCAUCCGACGUUGCAGGAUUUCUCAAGUCUUAGUUUACCCAACUCACCGUUUCUUGUUGCGUUGUUUCUCAAUGAUGCCGAAGUACCGUGGGCAAUGGCUUGUCCGAAUCGUUUGCUGUUCCGAUUAGGACUCAAAUACAGUUGGUAUCCUACUCCAUUCGUUAAUAUUGUGGGAAGGCAAGCUGUGUAUUCGACAGAAACAUCUCAAACAGUUCUUAAAGUAUUCACUGACUUCAGAAGCUGGUCUUUCCGAAUGAAGCAUCUGGCCGGCAGCACCGUUACGCUAAGUAAUGACGUUACCCUUGUUGAGAUUCCAAAGUCUGCCAAAGACGACUUGGAAGAAAUCGUCUCAUUCAAUUGCAAAAUGCUCGCCUGGUCAACAAGCACAAAUUUAACAGCUGAUAGUCAUCUGGUUUGUGACGAGACGGACGGUGUGUACUCCACUCAAGUUUUGGCCCGAGGAUCUUCUAGGAAAGCUACUGGUGCUUCAUUCUUAAUCAUUGACGGUGGUCUGAAAACAAAUGGGCUACAGAUUUCCGUUGUGGAAGAUGGUGUGGCUAUUCGUAUUCCAUCAGAAAGGUUGGAGAGCUUGCUCCAGGCACUCAAUGCCACAGAGAACUGGACCACCUCGGAUGCUUCUGGCACCCAUUUUGUUGUUCGCUGGACAGACGGCGCUGGUCCACCUUCUCCCUUUGGGCCGGUGUCACCCAUUGAUGGGCAAACUUUAGCGAACAAAUUUCAAUACGGACUAUCUUUGGAAAGGGCAAUCUCGUCGGUUUUGCAAGUAAACAGUGUUUCUGAUUAUGGUGUGCGGCUUUCGCACGUUUACAAUCUCAAAGAUGGCCGUCUCGCUCCAGAUGACGAACCUAAAGUGUUCAGCAUUGCGGAAAUGUUAGCUCGAGAAUGUACUGGUAUGCUCGAACCCUAUCUGACAAUGCUUAUCAACAUGGGUAUAAUGAGCAUAUCAGUUCGUGUUGGUGUCAGCGCUGACACGGUAGAAUACGAUGUUUCACCAUGGUUUGGUAUGGAAGAGGAACAGUUGUUGUACAAACAGAACAUGGAUCAGCUCAUUCCGGUGCUCUACGAUAUCCUUGGCUAUUUAUCCGGUGGAUUCCACAUCGAGCUAGUGCUGUCGUUUGUCUCGACGAAAACGACUUCGAUACAUGCAGGAGAUGUUAUUCUAGUUCAUAUCUAA